GAAAACGCACUCCACCCUUCGAUUGGUGAAAUGGAGGAGGACUGUUUCUGCUACUGGUAGUUCAGCUCUCCACCUUCUGUGGCCUGGACCCAGCCUACCAGGGCUAAAAAUAUUGCCCGGAGGCUCCUGAGCGGAAUCAGAUCGUGCUAAGUAGGGCACAACGCUGCCGAGGCGACAGAGCGUCUCAGCCCCAGGGUUGGAGGAAGGCUCUGGAGCGGCCGCUCCCGCCCCCGCUCGCCUGGCGACUAGAGGUCUCUCUCAGCCCCGCAGGUGUGUGUGGAGGCCAGUAUGAAGCUGAAAAAGCAGGUGACAGUGUGUGGGGCUGCAAUCUUCUGCGUGGCUGUCUUCUCGCUCUACCUCAUGUUGGACCGAGUACAACAUGAUCCUGCUCGACACCAGAACGGUGGGAACUUCCCCCGGAGUCAGAUAUCUGUGCUGCAGAACCGCAUUGAACAGCUGGAGCAGCUCUUGGAGGAGAACCAUGAGAUCAUCAGCCACAUCAAGGACUCUGUGCUGGAGCUGACAGCCAACGUGGAGGGCCCGCCCGCCCUGCUGCCCUACUAUGUGGCCAACGGCUCCUGGGUGGUGCCACCAGAGCCCCGGCCCAGCUUCUUCUCCAUCUCCCCUCAAGACUGCCAGUUUGCUCUGGGGGGCCACGGCCAGAAGCCAGAGCUGCAGAUGCUGACUGUGUCAGAGGAGUUACCGUUUGACAACGUGGAUGGCGGCGUGUGGAAGCAAGGCUUCGACAUCUCUUACAGCCCCCGCGACUGGGACACCGAAAGCCUGCAGGUGUUCGUGGUCCCCCACUCUCACAAUGACCCGGGCUGGCUCAAGACCUUUGACAAGUACUACACAGAACAGACCCAACACAUCCUCAACAACAUGGUGUCCAAGCUGCAGGAGGACCCCCGGCGGCGCUUCAUCUGGGCAGAAGUCUCCUUCUUCGCCAAGUGGUGGGACAACAUCAGUGCCCAAAAGAGAGCAGCAGUCCGAAGGCUGGUGGGAAACGGGCAGCUGGAGAUUGCAACAGGAGGCUGGGUAAUGCCGGAUGAGGCCAACUCCCACUACUUUGCAUUGAUUGACCAGCUCAUCGAGGGCCACCAGUGGCUGGAGAAGAACCUGGGUGCAACCCCGCGCUCAGGCUGGGCGGUGGACCCCUUUGGGUACAGCCCCACCAUGCCUUACCUGCUGCGCCGUGCCAACCUGACCAGCAUGCUGAUUCAGAGGGUGCACUAUGCCAUCAAGAAGCACUUCGCUGCCAGCCACAGCCUGGAGUUCAUGUGGAGGCAGACCUGGGACUCAGAUGCCAGCACAGACAUCUUCUGCCACAUGAUGCCUUUCUACAGCUACGAUGUCCCCCAUACGUGUGGCCCGGAUCCCAAAAUCUGCUGCCAGUUCGAUUUCAAGCGCUUGCCUGGUGGGCGUAUCAGCUGCCCAUGGAAGGUGCCGCCCCGGGCUAUCACGGAGGCCAAUGUGGCCGAGAGGGCAGGCCUGCUCCUGGACCAGUACAGGAAGAAGUCCCGGCUCUUCCGGAGCAACGUGCUCCUGGUGCCGCUGGGCGAUGAUUUCCGCUAUGACAAGCCCCAGGAGUGGGACGCCCAGUUCUUCAACUACCAGCGGCUCUUCGACUUCCUCAACAGCAAGCCUGACCUCCACGUGCAGGCCCAGUUUGGCACCCUCUCCGACUAUUUUGACGCUCUCUACAAGAGGACAGGGGUGGAGCCGGGGGCCCGGCCUCCAGGUUUCCCUGUGCUGAGCGGGGAUUUCUUCUCCUACGCCGACCGGGAGGACCACUAUUGGACAGGCUAUUACACCUCACGGCCUUUCUACAAGAACCUGGACCGCGUCCUGGAAGCGCACCUGCGGGGUGCAGAGAUUCUGUACAGCCUGGCUGUGGCUCACACCCGCCGCACUGGACUGGCCAGCCAGUUCCCGCUCUCGAACUUCGCCCUUCUGACGGAUGCACGGCGCACGCUGGGGCUCUUCCAGCACCACGACGCCAUCACGGGCACCGCCAAGGAGGCCGUUGUGGUGGACUAUGGGGUCAGGCUUCUGCGCUCCCUUGUCAGCCUGAAGCAGGUCAUCAUUAAUGCAGCUCACUACCUGGUUCUGGGGGACAAGAAGACCUACCACUUUGACCCAGAGGUGCCCUUCCUGCAGAUGGAUGACACCCGCUUAAAUCACGACGCCCUUCCAGAGCGCACAGUGAUCCAGCUGGAAUCCUCACCCAGGUACGUGGUACUGUUCAACCCACUGGAACAGGAGCGGCUCAGCGUGGUGUCCCUGCUGGUGAGCUCACCCCGGGUGCGCGUGCUUUCAGAGGAGGGUCAGCCCCUGGCCGUGCAGCUCAGCGCACACUGGAGCUCUGCCACCGACAUGGUCCCUGACGUCUAUCAGGUGUCUCUGCCUGUCCGCCUGCCAGCGCUGGGUCUUGGCAUCCUGCAGCUGCAGCAGGGCCUGGAUGGGCCCCGCACGCUGCCCUCUUCCGUGCGCAUCUACCUACACGGGCGGCCGCUGUCAGUCAACAGGAAUGAGGCGUUCCCUCUCCGGGUCAUUGACUCGGGCACCAGUGACUUCGCCCUCAGCAACCGCUACAUGCAGGUCUGGUUCUCAGGCCUUACCGGGCUCCUCAAGAGUGUCCGAAGGGUGGAUGAGGAGCAGGAACAGAGGGUGGACAUGGAGUUCCUCGUCUAUGGGACCCGCUCAUCCAAAGACAAGAGUGGCGCCUACCUCUUCCUGCCUGACGGCGAGGCCAAGCCCUACGUCCCCAGGGACCCACCCGUGCUGCGCGUCACUGAAGGCCCUUUCUUCUCAGAGGUGGUUGCCUGCUACGAGCACGUUCACCAAGUGGUCCGGCUGUACAACCUGCCAGGGGUGGAGGGGCUGUCCCUGGAUGUGUCGUCCUUGGUGGACAUCCGGGACUACGUUAAUAAGGAGCUGGCCCUGCGCAUUCGCACCGACAUCGACAGCCAGGGCGCCUUCUUCACGGACCUCAAUGGCUUUCAGGUGCAGCCCCGACGGUAUCUGAAAAAGCUGCCCCUGCAGGCCAACUUCUACCCCAUGCCCGUCAUGGCCUACCUCCAGGACGCUCGGAACCGCCUCACGCUGCACACGGCCCAGGCCCUGGGCGUCUCCAGCCUCCAUGAUGGCCAGCUAGAGGUGAUCUUGGACCGGAGACUGAUGCAGGACGACAACCGGGGCCUCGGCCAGGGGCUCAAGGACAACAAGAGAACCUGCAACCACUUCCGCCUCCUGUUGGAACGGCGAACCCUAGGCAGGGAGCCUGGCUUUUUCUCCAAACUGGCAGCCAUGUUUAGGGGCUUGAUCUUUCACAGCAGCAGGAACAGGAACCGAGAGGUCCGCGAAGGCCCCUCUGCAAGCUACCCGUCCCUCCUCAGCCACAUGACGUCCAUGUACCUGAACACCCCUGUGCUCACCCUGCCCGUAGCCAGGAGGCAGGCCCCCGGCCCCGCUCUGCGCUCUUUUCACCCUCUGGCCUCCUCACUGCCCUGUGACUUCCACCUGCUCAACCUGCGGACACUCCAGGCCGAGGAGGAUGGCUUGCCCUCGGCAGAAACCGCGCUUCUCUUACACCGCAAGGGUUUUGACUGUGGCCUUGAGGCCAAGAACUUGGGUUUCAACUGCACCACAAGCCAAGGCAAGGUGGCCCUGGGGAGCCUCUUCCAUGGCCUGGACGUGGUUUUCCUGCAGCCAACCUCCUUGACCCUGCUGUACCCUCUGGCCUCGCCCUCCAAUAGCACUGACGUCUACGUGGAGCCCAUGGAGAUCGCCACCUUCCGCCUCCGCUUGGGCUAGGUCUCCUUGUGGCCUGAAAGGAAGAUUCCUCCACGGAGACUGGCCUCUUCACACGAGAUCGGGUUGGACAAGCCACACCCGGUAUCCUGUCCCGAUCUACCUCUCAGAACCAUGACAGACUGGGCUCUGCCCUCAUUUUCCCUUUAUCGUUGCUUCUGUGCAGGGGGGCAGCCCACAGGCCCAGUGUUGGGUGGAUAGGUAGGGCAGCGCCGCUGAGAUGCAGCAGCGAAGGCCCUUGCUCAGAGGGGGCAGUGCUAGCCUCUGCUUUGGGGUGUGCAUGUCCACUUCGUGGGGCACCGGCUCAGGCAUUCACCCUGUUCCGCGAAUGGGAUGGAGGAGAAGCAGGGGAGGCUGAGUGGGCCACAGCCCGGCGUCAGGCUCACAGUGGGCGACAGCUGACUCUAGGGGAGUCCCGUAGUUGUGUAAGGACACAUGUCCUGAUGUGACGAGCAGGAGCAGAGCAACACCAGGAAGAGGGGGCUGGGUACCAAGGGUUCGCUGUGGGGUGGAGGAGUAGAAGGAAUGGCUGUUUGUGUGACAGCUCCUUUCGGAAGUGCUCCCUGACCUGCAUGCCCUGGCCAGGGGCUGCCGUGUGGCAGGAAGGACUCAUGACUGUCGUGGCCGCAGGGCAUAGGACACUUCAGGUACCAAAACCCCCAUCUCAGACUGGGCACUUGGUCUGCGUGUUGAUUUGUGGGGUGAGGGAGGGGCCACCCUGCUUGACUCCUCUGGUUCCUGCACGCUGCCCACCACUCUCCCCAGGAGCCACUUCCUGUCACAGGGGCGUUUGAUCUGGCACAUUUCCUUUCCCUGAAAAGAAAGUGAAGCUUCCAAUUUGAGAAGGCUUCCGACAUCAUCCUUGCAGGCCUGAAGCUUCUCCUUGCACAUCCUUCUGCAGAAGUCUUUGUGGGGAACUAAGGAGACAUAGACUAAAUUAGGAGGCACUGUGGCUGCUCGUCAGCCUUCAUUGCGGCUUCGAUUAUUAGAGAAAAAUUUAUCAUAGUCUCUAUAGAUGCUGAAAGAACAUUUGGUAAAAUUUAAAAUCUAUUCCUUAUUAAACAAUAUUUGGUAAAAUUUUAAAUCCA